UCAUACACAUGUUAACCGUUACCAGUAGUAACUAAGAAUUCCUCUCAUCUCUAUCUCCCCAGAACUGGAGUCAGCAAAGAAACAAAAGUCAAAAUGGACGAUACAACGGAACUUCAACACAGAAUCCUGGCUCUCAAAGUGCAAGAAUGCAUUGCAAACAAAAAUAAAGAAAUGCUAGCUAGUCUGUUGGAGGACAUGUCAAAAAACAAGAGAAAAAUAAUAGUGGAUCACGAAAUUCAAGGAAAAUCAGCACUGUUUCUUGCUUGUGAGUUGGAGGAAGAUGAAAUAGUCAAAUACCUAGUUGAGAAAUGUGAUGCCAAUGUUGAGCAGAAAGGGUUGCUAGAUGACGCCAUGUAUAAUGUUCACGUGACACCGUUAUGGAUGGCGGCCGAACGUGGUUCUUUCGAUGUCGUCAAAUGCUUAAUUGAAAAUGGAGCAAGUUGUAAUAACAUGUCACAAGGAGGGCUUUCUCCCCUAAUGGCAGCCUGUCAAAGUGACAGUGCGGAUAUUGUAUAUUUCCUUUGUGAACAUGGUGCAGAUGUCAAUAACAUUUCGGAGGCAGGGGACACCUGUUUAAGGAAAGCUGCCGGUAACCCCGAACUUUGCAAAUUUUUUAUAUCCCAAGGAUCAGAUGUCAACCAAGGAGUAAAAGGACAGUAUCCUAUCCUUCAUCUAGGAAUAAAAAGCAAACAUCUGGACUCCGUAAAAGAACUGUUACGGGCGGGAGCAGAUCCAGAGUCAGUUGACUUUGAGGGAAACGACGCCUUACAAUUUGCAGCCAUGGUGGCUGCUGUGGAUAUUGUUCAUUAUUUGAUUGAAAUGUUAGAAUAUAACAAAGAUAGAAUUUCUAAAACGUACAGAUUACUGGGAGCAUGUGCUAUUGCUAAGGAAGACAUCGAUACUGGAGUUGAACUCUGGGAAAAGGUCAUAGCUUCUGGGGGCUCUGAUUUGACACGGGAAUCUCCAUUAAACGCUAUUUACAGAGGAGUUACCGAACCAAAAACCCUGUCUGAUUUGGAUGAGUUAAAAAAAUGCAACAAUGAUUUAAGUCUUGCUAGCUUAAUUGUAUUAGAAAAAAUACUUGGAAAGACUCACGGUGAAACAAUCCAUCAAAUAUUAAUGUACGGAACAGCUUUGUCCUAUGAUGAGAUCGGGGAGGAUUCAACAAGAAUUAUCUUGUACGCUUACGACUUGCUGAGAGAAAAACACUCUGGACUUCACAGAAUGACAGAAUAUGCAUUGUCUCAGGUUGUACGCUGUUUGUUUGAUAUAUAUCGAGAGAGCAUUAUUGACGAAGAUAUCGAUACAUCGUCUUUACAUCAAUUACACCUAGAAGUAUUGUCACGUAAUGUAGACUUUGUAGCCAAGAGCCAGACUGAAAUCGAGCAUAACAACGGCAAGGAAAAACAGUCCAUGUUUUCUACUUUACUGGAAAACACAUUGAAUGUAAUAUUUCUUUUCUCAGGAACGGAACUAAGCGAGGACGAGGAUGAAAAAUACGAAUCAUUGUUGUCCCGCUUAGUGCGCACAAAUCCACACGACUGGGAAAACCGAAACCUUCUUCAUUUAGCCCUUUCGAGAAAACUUGAUAGAAAAAUAAUAUUUCUGAUGUCACAAGGUUCGAGGAAUUGGUAUGUGUAUUUAACUGAAGUUUUGUUACUCCACGGCGUCGAUGUUAACGACCGUGACAAUGAAGGAAACACCCCUUUCCACGUUAGUGCUGACCUAUAUACGAAAAAUUGUUUUGAGCGUGAGAUCAAACUUUUUCUUGACGCAGGUGGUCACGUGGACGCGGUGAACAACGCUGGUAAAACAGUUUUGGACUGUCUGAGAGAAAGCGGUAAAACUGUGUGUGAAGUUCGCCAUACUUCUUUAAAAUGCUUAGCUUCCCGGGCAGUAGUUCGUUAUCGAAUUUCUCUUCCUCGUAACAUUCCAAAACAUGCAAUGGAUUUGCUGAAUAUUCACGGACUGAAAGCAUAGUGACUGUGAAAUAAGCACUGAAGAAUGACAGAAAGAAAUAAAGAUGGUCGGAGCAUCCCCCUUGAAGUGGAUAAACUGUUACCUUCGGCACAUGUCCAUCUUUAAUACUACAAAUUUUCUCGUUUUUCUUUCAAUAGUUCAUUGAUUAUGGUACGAGUCUGAAGAGUAGUCAGAAAUUAUAUCAAUGUAUCGUCGAUUUAAAAUUUCCUCUUUUGUUUUUGUACGGCUUCACAUUUACUUAAAGUAUAUGUUCCUCUCUUUAAAAAUUUUCUUUCAUCUUGGUAAACGUUUUAGUUUAAUGUCAAAAUUGUUCAAAUUUUAAUCACUGCAUUUUAGCGUGGUCAUUUUCAAAAGAGUUAAGUGAAAACAACAGGAUUCCUUUAUCUUCAUUUUCAGUUUGUCAAACAAUUUAAGCUGAUUGAUAUAUCAAUCAAUACUUUUUUUUUUAUAACUGAGUGUAUCGGUAUAAAAUGUUUCAUCAAUGACAGCUCUACCAAUAUGUUAGUCUGUUUGUUUUUCACAAUUUGGUUCAAUAUGAUUAAUAAAAUUUGCUCAUUAA